GCUUUUUUUUUUUUUUUUUUGAGACUCACGGUUCUUUUAAAAAAAAAAAAAAAAAAGCCCAGGCGUUAAGACGGGUCCCUUAACUUGAGUGAGCUGAAGAAAGGUGGGUGAGAGGAAAAGCCACAGGAAAACUACAUGCUAGACACCUGAGAGGAUAUCUAUGAGGUGAGAACGAUCAACUAUUUGCAUUUACUCACUACAGCAUUGGUUCAUGUAUUAUGCUGCCACAAUUUAAUGUAUUUAAUUACAAUUUUAAGUGUUCUACGAGGGCAGCUGCUGACACUGUCCCUGCAGUAACCUCCCUCCUUUUUUUUAAUAAGGUGUGCCCAAAUGUUUUUGACAUGGAGAACCAAUAAGGGCCCAAAUAAAGCACACGCUGCAGGCACUCCUUUCUCCCCUGCUCUAAUUCUUUUGCACGUAUUAAAGGGAAGUUUCACACUUUUAGUUUUCUCUUAAAGCAGAUAUGCCCAUGUUUACAUUCAAAGGAUUAUUGGCUGCUGUAGUCAUUCCUCCUGUUCAUGCUUCUUGGGGUGACUUCAGCGUAAGUGUUGGGGGACAAAAUACACAGACCCUGUUUUGUAUAUGUGUGCUGAGGCUUAGUUAAACUUCUUUUCAUUACAAAACUCUUUGUGCUUUCAGUGUUUUUAAUGUAUUUGAGAAAUCUAAGUACCAUCAAGUGUAUUGUGGAAAGAAUAACCUUUCUAAUAUAUUGGUUUUAUUUCCCACUCGGUCAUAAACAUAACUUAAGCUUUUGAUUAGCAUCUACAUAGCGUACCACAGCUAAUUAUGUUCUUUUUUCCAGUUGAUUUACUGAUGUCACUCCAGCUGCAUAUGUUUGUCUGUGAUGUUCUGUUCCAGCAUGUGCUCGCACAUGCUCGCUUUGUCUGGGGCAUUAGGGUGUUAAUGGAUUACCAAAAGGUGUUGACUCAGGUGUGUGUGCAAAUGAGGGUGGUACACAGAGUGUGCUGGGAUCUAGUUGAGACACCAAUCUCAAGUUCCCAUUUCUCUGCCACUGUUCCGAGAUCUGGCUCCCGUUUUCUCACCCUUGCGCCACCCUUUUGCUGCCUCAUGCCUGCACAUCACUAAGCAGCAUUUACUCUGUUUUCUCUUUGCAAUGUCUCCUCUUUGCUCUGCCUAACCGUCACCUACCCUCAGCAUGGAUAUCGGAGGACUGACCACAGUGGUAGCAAAUUCUGCUUACAUCAAUGCUCGUGGAAGCAUCGAUGGCUCUAAUGCAGCAGCAGCUCGGGAUAAGAAGUACCACUCUCGCCUCAAACUGCCCCACAUCACUGUGUGUGAGGGCCUGAGGGAAACCCUGGAUUUGGCCUUUGACUCAAUCUGCGUGGAACAGCCUAUCGGCAAGCGCCUCUUUAGGGAGUUCUUGGAUGCAAAUAAAGAGUAUCAUGGGGCUUGCCGUUUGUGGAAAGACAUUGAGGACUAUGACCUGGCGGAGGAUUCUGACAGGGCAAAGAAAGCCUCAAAGAUUGUCCAGCGAUACAUGGACCCCUCUGCCAAACACUUCUGCCCAUUCCUGCCUGAGGACAUCAUAGCCAAGGUGAAGGAAAACCUGGAGGCUGUAGGCGAUGAUUUGUUUGCUGCAGCACUGACCACAACAUUGGACUAUCUGCGGGAAGCCCCCUACACUUUCUUCAUGGAGAGCAUGUAUCUGAAGAGGUUCCUGCAGUGGAAAUGGCUUGAGAUGCAACCCAUGGAUGCAGACUGGUUCCUAGAUUUCCGUGUGCUGGGGAAAGGUGGAUUUGGGGAGGUGUCCGCCUGUCAGAUGAAAGCCACAGGAAAACUGUAUGCCUGUAAGAAACUCAACAAGAAGAGGCUGAAGAAGAGGAAAGGCUAUGAGGGGGCGAUGGUGGAGAAGAGGAUUCUUGAGAAGGUUCACAGUCGCUUUAUUGUGUCGUUGGCAUACGCCUUCCAGACAAAGGAAGAACUUUGUCUGGUCAUGACCAUCAUGAAUGGAGGAGACCUCAAGUACCACAUCUACCUGGUGGAUGAGAACAACCCGGGGUUCAGUGAGCCCAGAGCCUGUUUCUACAUCGCUCAGAUCAUCCAAGGCUUGGAGCACCUCCACCAGAAACGAAUCAUCUACAGAGAUCUCAAACCAGAAAAUGUGCUGCUAGAUAAUGAUGGAAAUGUGCGUAUAUCUGACCUGGGUCUUGCUGUGGAGCUAAAAGAAGGCAAAACAUUGACUAAAGGAUAUGCCGGGACACCAGGGUACAUGGCCCCAGAGAUGCUGAAAGGAGACAAGUAUGAUUCUUCCGUUGACUACUUCACUCUGGGAGUCACGCUGUUUGAGUUCAUGGCUGCUAAGAACCCAUUCAGAAACAGAGGGGAAAAGGUUGAUCGUGAGGAAAUGAAAGAGCGCAUGCUGACACGGGUGGUGGUUUAUCCAGACAAUUUCAGCGAGCACGCAAAGUCGCUUUGUGACGGGCUGCUUGCCAAAGAGGUUGAUCAGAGGAUGGGUUUUAAGAAUGGAUCCUGUGAUGAGAUCAGAGCUCACCCAUUUUUCAGUGACAUCAACUGGAGGAAACUGAAUGCAGGUAUUGUGCCUCCUCCUUUUGUCCCUGACCCUAAAGUGGUGUACGCUAAAAGUCUGGAUGACGUUGGAGCUUUCUCCUCGGUGAAGGGAGUGACCUUGGAGGAUCCUGACAAGUCCUUUUUUGAUGAGUUUUCAUCAGGCAACAUUCCCAUCCCUUGGCAAGAGGAGAUGAUCGAGAUGGGCAUUUAUGGAGAGCUCAAUGUUUGGGGUCCUGAAGGUAGCAUCCCAGAUGACCUCCGCAGGGAGUCCAUACUGGAGCAGCCAAAGUCAUCAACUUGCUGCGCAUCAUAGAUUCACCUUGAAAACACAUGAAGCACCCAGUGUACAGACUUGUAGUUCUUUAGGGCAUGCAGCAUGAAGACUCAGAUACUCAGGACAGAUGCAAGUCUCUUCUGAACUUUCUGAUCUGAUCUGAGUUAACAUUUUAAAUCUUUUAUUGGUGAGAUCAGGAGACGAUAAGAACAGAAUAGAGGUGAAUUUUCGGGCUGGAAUGGACUUAAGCUUAGAUUUAAGAGAGAUUUAAGAGAAAAAGUAUUGACAUU